AUUUGCGGUGACAACGCUAAGCCUAAAGAGAUCAAAACAUGGUCACGUGACUAAAAGGCCAGCCAUCUUGAGCGUCGUUUCAUGACUGCGACGCCGCGUCCUGAGGAUUGUGCGCCUGGUGCGCCUAGUGCCAGUGGGACCGUGCGGCGCCGUUUGUGGACAGCCCAAGAAAUUCGCCGUGUCGCAAGUUUGUCCCCGCCCCCGUCGACAGCCAUGCAAAAUUGGAGGUCGGUACUACGCUCGCUGCCGCUAGCGUAUCAAUAUCUCCGUAGCUACCAGCACUGCCCUGCAAUGCAAAGAAGCGCGGCUCACCGCUCGUACUGCUUCUAGGCCAUGGACUCAAAGAAGAGUCCCAAUCGACGUCCGAAGCGGCAGGCGCCGUCAUCCAAGGAGGAACAAGUCUGGGACUGCAGCGUUUGUACGUACCGCAAUACAGCUGAGGCUUUCAAGUGCCUCAUGUGCGACGUACGCAAAGGAACGUCUACCAGGAAGCCGCGCCUGAAUGCGCAGCUGGUGGCUCAGCAACUCGGCCCGAGCAGCGGCCGCAGGGGUUCGAGCAGCCGGCGAGGAAGUGGGGGCCCCGGUGGGGGCUCCAGCGAGAGCUCCCGUGGCAACGCCCGGCCCCGCCUCAAGAACGUGGACCGGUCUUCAGGCCAGCAGCGUGCCGUCACAGUCAACAAUGUCACGGUCAUCAUCACUGAAUUCCAGCCUAAGCGGCUGUCCGACGCCUCUUCAUCAACUGAUGGGGCACACUCGGAUGGACACGCAGAAGCACGUUAGGCCUUAGGUGCAGCUGACGUAAUGGUUUGAACUUGCCAGCCACCUUUGCACCACUAUUGUGUUCUCCCGCCCACUCGUCAGUCCUCAGUUUUGGUGCCACAGACGCUGCUUUCCUGGUUGCCAAGGCUCUUGAGAGUGAAGUCAAGCAUUCCGUGUCAGAUCCUCUCCAGCCGGAUCAGUGUACAGUGUUGCACCGUUGGAGCACGUCCAUUGCCAGCCACAUUCGCACGUCAACUUGCGAGGACAUCUGCCUUGCCUGUCAAAUUUCAGGUUCACUGGUUGUCCUAGUUAGUAGCUGCAGUUCUUAAUUUGCGCUGUCCUGCUGCAGUGUGGGCGCAGCAUCCAACUUCCCAGUGCAAGCACUAAACCUGCAUCAGAGCAAUUCUGAGCAGUUCUGUGACAGCCAUGGAGUGUGGUGCAGACAACACUGGUCAUAGGAGGAGUGCUCAUGUAGUUGUGCUGCCAACGCAAGCCAUUGAAAAAGACCUUCUGAAAAAGUGUUCCAAGUUCAAACCAACAUUGGUGGUGUGUGCGCGUGGCCAGGCUCUGUUCCAUGUAUCUGACAGCUUCCCCAACCAACUGGUGCUGCUUUUUCUCUAUGUGUGCGGCUAGUGUGAGCGAAUCCAUGGUGUUUUCCAGCUGAUCCCAAGUCGGCCCUGCCUCAUACUGUCUGGGUUGAGGAGGAAAGUGUGAAUGCCAGGAUUGCCUUGACAGAAGGGACAAACAUCACGACUCCUGGUCGUAGCACCAAGUUUGCAGACUUUGCUACUCUGUACAUUUCUCUAAACUGUUUCUUGUGUUCUUUUCCCCUACAGCCUCUGUCAUACAUGCCUGAUGCUGAAUAGAAAUUGUUGCCGAGGUCUGCGAACGAAAAAUGGGUUCUUUGUGGGAUGAGCUAAAUUGUAAAGUUAUAAGUUACACAAGUGUGGGGUGGGUUGUGACGUAAUAGAUCUUUCAGUGAGGCUGACUUAGGAAAUCGGCUUGUGCAUCUCAUUUUUCCUGCAUCGGUUUUCUUUGUAUAGAUGACAUGUCAGUCAGCGAACAAAAUUUUUGGAGGUAGUGCUUCCAUGAGCAUUGUUUUAGUUUUAUUGACAACUUGUCUGCAAAGUGAUGCAGGUUGGCUAUGCUGUGCAACCUUUGGGCUCUGUUGAUGCAGAUAUUUAUGGAACAUAAUUGCACACAUUGUUAUUUACAUUUGCCAUAAUGUGAAAAGAACCGAGUUCGUAUUGAGGACUUUAUGUUUAAAGGCCAACUUCAACAAAAUUUCUAACUGCAUAAAGAGCUUAGGCUAAGAUAGGGGGGCUAUCCACCAUGCAAAUUUAUACACUUGAAAUGUCAUAGUUGCAUCACAAAAAGCUUGCAAAAAUACAUGUUUCUGAUACUGAAGCUUUAAAAAAAAAAUCGCGAGCCAUUCCACUCUGUGAAGGUGGAUGACCUGCAAAGCUUUUUAGCAUACGACACAAAGGCGACACAGAAUUUGGAAGAUUGGUACAGACUCUUUUACCGUGAUUUUAUGUACAUUCAUGUGGAUGAUGGGACUGCUGCCCUGAGGAGCUGGAGGAAACUAGGCGGGCAUUGAAGUUUCGAUGGGACUGCCACCACCGGAGAGCGGAAAAAAAGGAGAGGGCGGUGCGAAUGUAGACGUGGCCGAAAUGGGUCAAAGUGUAGUAUCUGUUCUUAUCAGCUUAAUAUCUGAUUCAGGUUGCAUUUGGACCCAAGGUAUUAAACUUACUUCUGCAAGUUGGCAGGGUGCUUGAAGCCUGCUUCACGUUCGCAGCGGAUUGGCCCGGUAUUGCACCACCUUCAGGAUCGGACCAUCGUUUUUGGUCUACGGACAUCGAUCCACUAGAAACUAGCCAUAUACAGCUUCAUUCUAGAAAACAAUGUUGCCGCUUUCACUCAGAAAUGAGCUGAACUUGAGCAUCAUGAGCUGAAUGUUGAGCAUCAGCGUAGGUCCUUGGCAUGACUUUUAUAUUGGGCAGUGCCUUGGCGCAUUGAAAAUUCUGGCGCUCCUGGUCUGGGAUUUGUAUCAUAUAGGCUAAACACCAGAUGCACACAUCAUCUGCUUAGGUGCAAUUUAGAAUUUGUCAAUUACCAGCCCUGCACCUUUGUCGAAAUUGCUUAAACAGUAUGUACUACUCAUUUAUAUCCAGUAUAGCCAAAGUGAAAUUUUGUUGCAGUUGGCCUUUAAUGAACUGUUCUCUUAGCACAUGACACAUCCAGUUUUUAUUUUACCCGAGUGGCGCGCUGUAAUAUUCUUCAGCCAAGUGUUGCUGCCACAGUUUUAAUUCCCUGUCGUGAUCAGCCGAGGAAACCUGAGCAGUAAAAAAAAAAAAAAAAAGACAGCCACAGUAUUCUAACUAAUUAGUGGCACUACAACGCACAGGGUUUCUGAAACUUGCACUAGGAAGAAGUGCGGCGCUAGUGUCCUUGUGGGCUCCUCUAGCCAUCACGAGAAUGAUGGGAAGUGCAGUCACUGGCUUGUCUAUAUACAUACCCUUCGUGGCAAUAAAACCACUGUUCAGCAUGUCACUAACAUGUUAUUACACUUUGGUAGUAAAAUUUGUCUCUAGAAAUAUUGGACAACCUGUGAAGGGCUGUGAGGUCACACAUGUAAAGGCAGCUUAGGUAUUGUUGCUGCUGGUGGGUGGCAGCACCACUAUAUCUGUAUUCUGUGGAAAGUGUAUAAAAAUGAAAUGUGCAGAAUGUUCUGUGCAACUCUGCACGAGUAACGUGAAAAAUGACAAAGUUACAAGAUGCACGGAAAGAAACAAGCUUCAGGUCGUAAAAGUGAGUUUGUUUGGGCAGGGAAGUUGACAGGUGUCAAUAAAGACCAUGUGCGUCCCAUCUUUCCCACGAUGGCUUAGAAAUGACAGCAGCAGUUUUUCCUCGAGCUGGAAGUAUUUGUCACCCCUGUUGUGCGAUCAUGUCAUUCCUUUAUUCCGUCAAUGGGCUAACUACCACUGCCAAAGGUCUGGUGGCUUUGGGAAAUAUGUGCCCGGCUCUGCCUUUGGCAGGCAAUAUUUCUGUGUUCACAUUGCUAAAGCAGCAGGAGCUGCUUUUCUCGCACUGCCUGUGUACUCUGUCUGUCGAUAUUUCCCCAUGCAACCGUCGCGUUUAUGGCGCUGCUCAUUGGAACCAUUUGGACUUGAACCAUCUCCAUCCCCCCCUUCCCCCCCUACCUACCUACUUGCUUCUUCCAUUGACAUGCUUUCUCUUACCAUGUUCCACUCGGAUUUAAAGCGUUGCGAGCCUUACUUUGUAGCUGUGUUGGGACUGCCCCUCGGCUUGGCUUGCUUUGUGCUUGUGGAGCACCAUAUAGUUUGGCCCUGGAGAGUGCAGGCAAUGCAGGACAGAGGGCCAUGCUUGAACUCGUGGCCACGAAAAGCGCAUUGCAUGAGUUGUCACAGAAGUGGUUGGAAUGGGGGAGCCGCAGCCACAUAAAAAAGUGAUGCGAGUUUCCUCACAGUUUCAAGGCUAAUUGUAGUGAAAUUCUGAACCAUGUAUAAAAAGCAUAUUUUCAGAUAAUGUAGAUAUAAAGCAGCAUCCAUGCAAUAACUUAUUUGAACUAUGAGUGGAUGCUUCAUCAAAAGCCAGCAAACAUACAUUUCUGACACCGAAACUGAAAAAAAGAAGCGGACAUUAUACGCCAUAAGUAAUGCAGAACACAGAACAUCGACAAGUAGUGCGGGCUCUGAGAUUAAGAUGCACCUGUGGUGCACUGAAAAUCUUAAUUGUUGAUCUCGGGUUGGCAUGAUACUAUUUGCCGUGCACAUGCCUGCUUAGGUGCUAUUGAAAGCCUGCUAAUGGGAAAAUUGCACAGUUACCAGCCCUGUAGCUUAGGCAGGACUGCUCCAAUAGUAUGUACUACUCAUUCACAACCAAUCUAAGCAAAGCAAAAGUUUUGUUGCAGUUGCCUUCUGGGGUACAGCCUGGAACUGAGAGGUACAGCGAGUGUCAAAAGUUCGAGAAGUGUGGGUUCUCCAUAAAAGAAACUAAGUUUUCUAGCAAUGUGUUUGUGCCUGCAGAAGUGAAGCUGUACAGCACUAUGAUGCUAGAGUAUCGUGUACUCUGUUUUUCGGGCACGAAAUUGCACUAUCGGGCUUGGUGACCAGGGUUUCGAUAUGUUGAACUCUCUUGGAUUCCGUGACCCAUAAUCUUUUCACACCGGUGGUAAUUUGCUGGCAACUGCAGUGGGCAUCUCCUUGGACCUUCGCAUACUAUCAACCUGCGAUUAGAUUUAUAUUUUUAAAUACUUAGACAUAUUUUUUUCCCAGUGCUACAGUGUUCUUAAAAUGUGCAAGUGGGUGUGCACUUUGUGUCAAUAUGAAUAGGAACACCUAAUCUGUGUUCAUAGAGUGGGACUGUCAGUUUCAGGAGACAGAACCUCGCUUGCUAUUUUUUGUGGAGCUAUUCUGGUGAAUAAAUGUGCUCACGGAAUUAACUUUUUUUCAUUACUAGCAGACACGAGAACAAUUGUCAACUUUAGUUGCAAAUUUGGAUUUCCUUUUCAUAUUUACUAAUGGAGAUUCGUGUACAAAGCUGCCAUGAGAAAUUGUAUAUGUCAUGUUCAUAUUUGAGCACUGUCCACUUGUGGAUUGAGGUACGCUGGAUGGGGGCAAAAAAAUUUGACGCGUGGGCCCAGCAUACCUUAUAAAAAAAUACUGUUAAGAUCUCGGUGUGCAUUUGUGUUGCUCUCUGUGCUGUACAGUAGCCUUGAAAUAAAAGAGCCUCCAUAUAACACUUGACCUUACAAUAUAGCCAGUAGCUUUUGGCCGAUAGCAUUAAGGAAUUUUAUUGUGCUUGCCAGUUGCUCAUUACCAUUCAGACCUUGCAUUGAAACUGCAUUUUGAAGUCUUUCUUGCGCAGUUGCAUAUUUAGUAGUGGUACCUGCUUGGAUCAUUCGAUAGUAGAAAUGAAGAAAACCAUUUCCUUCUGGGAAGCUGGUCUUUGACCCAGCAAAUUGAGGCUGUCCAUCCACAAAACAACUUGUGCAGAGGGCAGUAGUGUGAAAAUGGUCAUGGUUUGUAAUAACAUCUUUUAAUUUUAUUCCUUUUUCUUUUAUCUGUCGAACAGCGUGGCCAACAGCAGCAGUGUGUGACUUUGGCAAAGGGUCAGUAUUAUGAUAUGAAAAUAAUGUUUGCGCAAUAUUCAUUGCGAUUCUCGGACGCAUAUGGCAAUCGUAUGCUCAAUUAGCAGGCAGCAGCAGCAGCUUUAAUUUAUAACAAACCUGGACCCGUUUAAUGUGAGGGUUCUUUGCACUCAAUUUUAUUCUGCCCUUGUUAUUCUGCUGAUGACUUGGGGCAGAGCGCCUCUCGGACCACUGAUGCAUUGCAUCCGAGUGUAACUGUUGCAUUAUGGAACGUGCCUUGUAUACAAGUGAACAUCAAAGUGCAAUCUUGAUGCAAGAUUUGGGUGCUGAGCGAGAAGUUGACAAACAUAAAAGCAGUUUCUUAAAGCUGUUCGCUGAAAUAUGCAAAUCAGGGUACACCACUGUCUCGCAGUGCAUAGACUGCGGUCUGCUCAAUAUGGCACAUUGCAGGGAAAAAAAAUAGCUCACGACUCUGCAGUGCCCUUUUUCUGGUCAUGGGGAAAUAAGAAAAAGACUGUCUCGCUCUGAUGACCAGUCAAAAAUCUCGUACUGGUGCGGGAUUGUAUUUAUUGCUCCAAGAGAGAAUCUUGCACACCUGACUUGUGAGCUUGCUCCACUCUAGACUUUGGUUCUAUUUCAGAUUGUGCAAGACGAGUUUUUAGAAGCGGAGAAAAUAAAUUUUUUUACACUGCCUGUA